UUUUUUUUUUUUAAAAAAAAAAACACAUACACAAACACAGUUUCAGCUCUCUCUCUCUCUCUCUUUCUCUCUCUCUCUCAUUUCAACACCUGAGAUUAACAGCUCUAUACAUGGAUUGGUAGUCAAUCUGUAUCUUAAGCAAUCGCUAUCAAAAAUAAUACGAGCCCAGCAGCAGCAGCUCUAAAAUUUCUUCUUUCUACGAGAUUAAUCCUAUACAGAUCUGUCUGAAGAGUAUUCCUAGUUCAAGUUUGGUCCAUAAAAGCUCAUUAAUUCAUGAUCAGCAUUUAGAUUGUGGUGCUAGUACAAUGGACCCUGUUGGUGGAGGGAAUAGUCUCAACAACAACCCUAGUCUUGCUUCAAAGCAACGAUUGCGUUGGACUCAUGAGCUUCAUGAACGCUUUGUUGAUGCUGUGGCACAACUUGGUGGACCAGAUCGGGCUACCCCCAAAGGUGUUCUCAGAGUCAUGGGUGUGCAAGGUUUAACAAUAUACCAUGUCAAAAGCCAUUUACAGAAAUAUCGACUUGCAAAAUACCUUCCUGACUCUUCAUCUGAUGGGAAAAAAGCUGACAAGAAAGAAACUGGAGAUAUGCUUUCCAAUUUGGAUGGUUCAUCUGGAAUGCAAAUUACAGAAGCACUGAAGCUGCAGAUGGAAGUGCAAAAGCGACUGCAUGAGCAAUUGGAGGUGCAGAGACAGCUACAGUUACGUAUUGAAGCGCAAGGGAAGUACUUGAAGAAGAUAAUUGAAGAGCAACAACGACUCAGUGGAGUCCUUGGAGAGGUGCCUGCUGCAGGGGCCUCUGCCCCGGUAUCAGGUGAUAGUUGUCCAGAAUCUGACCCCAAGACUGACCCAGCGACCCCUGCUCCAACUUCUGAGUCCCCUGUUCAAGACAAGGCUGCCAAGGAGCGUGCCCCAGCCAAAAGCCUUUCUAUUGAUGAAUCAUUCUCAUCUCACCAUGAGCCAUUGACUCCAGAUUCACGUUGUAAUGUUGGUUCCCCAGCCGAGAGCCCUAAAGGUGAGAGGUCUAUGAAGAAGCAACGGCUAUCCAUGAGCACAGCAUAUUCAAAACCAGAUAUGGUCCUGACUCACCAGAUACUGGAGUCGAGCUUAAACUGCUUCCCACAGCCACAUUCUGUAUUUGUGGCAAGAGAGCAGUUUAAUCCUUCAUCUGGAUUAUCUGUUGGAAAUGAAGAUGAAAUAGAGAAGGCUUCAGGCAAUGAUCUGUAGUUUUGGUUGCUACAUGAUUUCAUGAUGUCUGCCCUUGAUGACUCUUUUCAUUUUGCUUUUCUAUGUAAUUUCUAAGAAUAUGUUCUCGAGCAGGUUAAAGAACCCAUUAAUGUUAGAUGUUGCAGAUAAUUAGGUUCAAGGAAAGCUGUUCAUUUAUAGUGAUUACCUUUAGAUUUGCCAUAGAUGCUUGAGAUCACUGAUCUAAAAGUGGACAUGCAUUGUGAAUGGGCACGGGAUUGGUUAAGAUAUGUACAAUAGACCUCUCAUUGCUUGCA